AUGUCUGAUCGGAAAAGAAUGAUUAUGAGCCGUGUCCAUACUGGGGAUCCAUUAUCACCAUUGUCAAAGAAACGGAAACGCAUUCCUGGUCCUUUGAGUAUGCUUUCGAAAAGUGAUCUUAGUUCCAAGAAUGCUCCUAGGCGUAAAACUGCAACCUCCUCCUCAAAUGAAUCUGCUAAUCUAAGCCUUUCUGUCUGUGAUAUCUCCUCAACCCAAGUGGAUGCAAUCUGGGACAGGGUUGCGCGUCUAUUCUGCCCAGAAUCUUGGAAGAUUUUUACUGAUUACUCUAUUGCUAAAAUAGUUAAGAGCGCAGAGAAAGGUUUUCCUCGGGGUAAAAUCCCAGUUCUUUGUGCUUCGGUCGAGAAGAUUGACAUGGUACUUCCAAUUGCCAAAGCCGUCUUACAGGAUGAAACUGGUAAAAUCGGUUGCAGUAUUGAUAAAAGCGUGAUUAACAAAUAUAAAAAGUUUUUUACGAUUGGUGCUGUACUGGUUCUCAAACAGAUAAGUCUCUUCAGUCUGAACCAGAAAACCUUCUAUUUGAAUAUAACUCCCUCAAAUGUGAUCCAGAUUUUCCUGGAUGAGGCUGCAUUCGAUUCGAGAUUAUUGGCUAGUGCUCGAGCCUUGGAGGAUGUCUCAGUAUGUGGACCCAGCUUCCCCCUCACUCAUCCGCCCCUUUCGUUGAAAGAAUUGAAAGACCUUGUCGCAGAAUGUUUUUCUCCUCCUUCGCCACCUGCUCCGUCCUCUCCUUCCAUCGUUAGACCCACCUAUCCUCUGAAACCUACAGUUGCUCCGCGGUCUAAUGUAAAGUCUCUCAAUAUCACCACUCCCAAAAAAGCAAAGUGCUCCUCAUCUCGACACAAUACUUCAAAAAAUAGUCCGUCACUUCAAGCAGAUCGGAAUUGGCGGCUUAAUUCCAGUCCCAAAACAGCUGCAGUCAAAUCUGAAGUAUCUUCUCCCUCAACACCAAGUUUUUCGUUACCUCCUCAAUCUCGAUUUGGUAUUCGAUCAAUACUAAAAAAGACAUUGUGCACAACACCCACAACUCCGAAUUCUCCGGUAUUAAUGGCUUCCAAUCUGGAUUCUGGGGGAGAAAAACCGGAUUUUUAUAAAGGCGAGUUUGUAGAUUAA